GUAGGAGCCCGAGCCCUGUCGGGCGCUCGGCGCGCAGGCGCAGUGCGAGCGGCGGGUGACGGGGUGUGCGUCGGUGGCGGCGCGAGCGGCUCCACCGGGAACAUGGACGAGUUCCAGUCGGGAGAGGAGGCUUCCUUUGUUGUCGAUGAAGUCAGUAGCAUCAUUAAAGAGGCCAUAGAGGGUGCGAUAGGUGGCAACGCCUACCAGCACAGCAAGGUGAACCAGUGGACAACAGGUGUGGUGGAACAGACACUGAGCCAACUCACAAAGCUGGGAAAGCCCUUCAAGUACAUCGUGACCUGUGUGAUUAUGCAAAAGAAUGGUGCUGGGCUACAUACAGCAAGCUCUUGCUUCUGGGACAACUCCAGUGAUGGAACCUGCACUGUGAGAUGGGAGAAUAAGACCAUGUACUGUAUUGUCAGUGCCUUUGGACUUGCAAUAUAAUUGCCUUGAAAUGGUUCAUCCUUCUCUUUUCUAUUCCAGCACUUGAUUCCACCUCCACUCAAACUGUGAAUACCUGAACAACUUGUUUUUAAUGUAUUUUUAAAGUAACUUUUCUUCAAAGGUAGAAAUACGAGAACAUGCUGUUACAUGGUUUAUGUUUGUACCUAGUAUCCUACCAGUGUUUCUAUACUUUCUUAUCACUUCAAAACUUCUCUUCAAGGUGCUAAUACUGAAAUCUGCUGCAGUGUAAACACUUUCUCUAGAUUUCUUUUUUAAGACCAAUAUAAAUGAGACACUCAUUUUCACACUUUGUAUUCUUGGUUAGCAUUAAAUUAUUGAAAUUCAUAA